CAUUUUGAAGCGGUUGUAGGGAGGAGGCGUGUGUAGCUGCUCCUGAGUGUCCGGCCCGUUCCCACCACUUACUUACCCCGUUUACUCUCCUAGCUUCGGCUCUUCACCGCCGCAGCCAUUGCCGACCCUGCCAUGUCCGGAGGGGGCGUGAUCCGCGGCCCAGCCGGUAACAACGACUGCCGCAUCUACGUGGGGAACCUGCCGCCCGACAUCCGCACCAAGGACAUCGAGGACGUGUUCUACAAGUACGGGGCCAUCCGCGACAUCGACCUCAAGAACCGCCGCGGCGGGCCGCCCUUCGCCUUCGUGGAGUUCGAGGACCCCAGGGAUGCGGAGGAUGCGGUGUAUGGAAGGGAUGGGUACGAUUACGAUGGAUAUCGUCUGAGGGUGGAGUUUCCCCGAAGCGGCAGAGGCACCGGCAGAGGAGGUGGCGGAGGUGGAGGUGGCGGGGCCCCCAGGGGCAGGUAUGGCCCCCCGUCCCGGCGGUCUGAGUACCGAGUGAUAGUUUCCGGACUGCCUCCAAGUGGAAGUUGGCAGGAUUUAAAGGAUCACAUGCGUGAAGCAGGUGAUGUAUGUUAUGCUGAUGUUUUCCGAGAUGGAACUGGUGUCGUGGAGUUUGUACGGAAAGAAGAUAUGACCUACGCAGUGCGAAAACUGGAUAACACUAAAUUUAGAUCUCAUGAGGGAGAAACUGCCUACAUCCGUGUUAAAGUUGAUGGCCCAAGAAGUCCAAGCUAUGGAAGAUCUCGGUCACGCAGCCGUAGUCGUAGCAGAAGCCGUAGUCGAAGCAACAGCAGAAGCCGCAGUUAUUCCCCAAGAAGAAGCAGAGGAUCUCCACGCUACUCUCCCCGUCACAGCAGAUCUCGUUCUCGUACAUAAAUGAUUAGUGGUGCUCUCUUUUUGUAGAACCCCAUGUUGUACACAGUUUUCCUUUACUCAGUACAGUCUUUAAUUUUUUAAUUCAAACUGUUUUAUUCAAAUUGGCUGAAGUGUUGAAUUGCAUUCUUGUGUAAUAUCCCUAGUGAGUAUUUGCUCCUUAACAUCAACAUUCCCCUCAUGUCUUUGGUAAAUUGUAUUUUAAUUGAUGUUAUAGCCAGGAUUGUUUAAAUUUAGUUAAAGUUAACUACCCACACUCUGCAGACUGUGGUAUUGCUGUGUAAAUGUCUCCGUGUUCAGCUAUGGUUUAUACGAGCUGGGGAUGUUGGGAUGUUUGUGGUUAACUUGUUUCUUCUGGGGGAUCUUAUAUUUUAUCUUGCCUUUUCAUGUGUCUUUCUGUAGACAUAUCUGAAGAGAUGGAUUAAGAAUGCUUUGGAUUAAAGGAUUGUGGAGCACAUG